AUGGACCGCGUCGUGGUCUUGCCGAAGCGCGAGCAGUGGGACCGGCUGCUGGGCGUCGCGCUGUCGCUGAAGCCCUUCGACGGGCCCGGCGUGAAGGCGCACGCGCUCCGGGGCGUCGCGGAGGCGCACGUCUUCGGCACGCCCUGGCUCGGGCCCGAGGAGGACCGCGUGCCCGUCGUCGAGCCCGAGCUCGACGAACUGGACGAGGCGGACCUGCCGCGCGUGCGGUCGAUUUUAGCAUUGGUCGACGAGGCCGUCGCCGACUACGAGGCCGUCAUGAACGAGAUCGUCUUCGUCUCGGACAAGCUCAACGUCGCGAAUUAUAGUUCCUACCUCCAGCUCAUGCUGCCCGCGCCGCCGCCGCGCGCGCCGCCGCCGCGGCUGGGGGUCGUCGCGACGCCGCCGCACGACUUCCCCAGAAUCACCGUCGACUUCCGGUCGGCGACGUUCCUCGACUCCGUCGAAGUCGUCCAGGCGCUGACGGACACGCAGAUGCACGCCAUCGCCAUCCACGACCUGAAGAUUUUGUCCACGGAGCACGCGGCGCCCCAGUCGCCCGACGAGUUCACGACGGCGCAGACCGCGGCCGUCGCCGCGGCGCUGCGGACGUUGAAGGAGCAGUGGGUCCAGCGCACGGCGGCGUCCAUCCGCCAGGACCUGGCCACGACGGACCGGUCCGUCUACAACCUCGAGGAGGGCGCCAUGGCCUCCUACUCGCGGCCGGACAACAAGUUAUAUCUGUUGCUGAAGCGGAUCAACUACGUGAUGACGCACGAGCUCUUCCUCGUGACCUUUGAAUCCUUGACGAACUACACGAACUACGUGGUCGACGCCUGCAAGGGCCAGGUCACGGUGAACUCGACGUCCGACGUCGAGUGCGUCUACCCGGACCGCAAGGCCGACGAGCCGCCGCGCAUGCCGCCGCUCUUCUUCAUGACGCCCGUCGAGGGCCGGACUUUUGACUAUGAAACCCCAUUAUCCCAGAUGGAGUCCUGCGUCGCGUCGGCCUUCCGCCACGCCAUCAAGGAGCUGCGGGCCAUCCCCCACGUGCAGCGCUACAUCAUGGAGCGCCUCUUCUGGCCGAGGCCGGAGAUGAUCGGCGCCGUCACGGGCGAGAAGGUCGCGGACUUCAACGGCGUCGAGACCUACCGCGAGGACGAGCGGUGGAUCGGCGAUUUGGAGGAGUCCUUCGUGACGGCCGUGCGCGCGGCCAUCGACCCGGCGCGGACCUACCUCGACUGCUUCCACCAGUGGGAGGACUUUUUGAAUCUCGAGGUCGACGAGUACGUCGCGGGGCUGACGCACGCGCAGCUCAACGACGAGGAGGUCGAGGAGGGCGAGGAGCCCGACGCGCCGCCCGUCAAGGUCAACCUCGUCGUGCUCAAGGCGACGCUGAACACGCACCGGGAGGAGAAGGCGCGCGUCGAGGCGAUGAUCCCGGGCCGGCCGCUGUCCGCGGGCCUCUGCAUGCUCAACGCCGCGGCGCUCCGCGACGAGCUCGCGAACAAGCACAUGGCCAUCAUGCAGAGCGUGCUCGCGACGCACGCGGACCACUGCUCCCAGGUCGCGGUCUUUUUGGACCAGCGGUUCUCGAAGAUCGAGGCGGCGCUCAAGAAGAAGCCCAGAGAUAUCGAGGAGACGAAGGAGCUCGAGGAAUAUUUGACGAACGUGCCCAACGACAUCCGGCCCCUCCAGGAGUUCAUCGACGAGAUGCGGCUCAUGGCCGCGGUCCUCGACGGCUUCGAGUACCGCGUCGACUUCGACCACUUCGAGCAGCAGGGCCGCGCGGCCUACUGGCCCUGCAAGAUCGCCCAGCAAUCGGAGGAGACGGCGCGCAUCAUCGAGUCGAGCCGGGAGCGCUACCUCGAGGACAUGAUGACGGAGCAGGAGCGCUUCACGAAGUCGCUCCACGCGCUGGAGGCCUUCGCGAACUCCUUCGUGCAGUACGAGGAUUUGACGCAGGUCAAGGAGGCCGCGGCGCGCGCCGUCGAGUGCAUGGGCAAGAUCACGGCGGCGACGGAGAAGGCGCGGCUGUACAACUCGCGGGAGGUCCUCUUCGAGCGCGAGGUCACGGACUACGCGCACCUGACGCAGAUCAAGAAGGCCUUCGAGCCCUACUACGCGCUGUGGAACACGUCCCAGAAGUGGCUCGAGAGCUCCAAGACCUGGAACGACGCCGCCUUCCAAAGUCUCGACGCCGAGGCCGUCGAGUCGGAGGUCAACGACUACAGCAACGCGAUCUCGAAGGCGUCCAAGUUCUUCGAGCGCAACGACAUGGGGCCCCAGGCGUCCAUCGCCAAGGAGAUCAAGGAGCAGGUCUCCGCCUUCAAGCCCAACGUGCCCAUCAUCGUCGCGCUGCGCAACAAGGGCAUGCGCGAGCGCCACUGGCACGAGGUCGGCGAGAGCCUCGGCAUGAAGGAGUUCGUGCCCGACGAGUCCUUCACGCUCGCGGGCAUGCUCGACCUGAACCCGACGUCCCAGAUCGAGCUUAUUACUAAAGUUUCCGAGGCCGCGGCGAAGGAGUUCAACAUCGAGCAGACGCUGGACAAGAUGCUCCAGGACUGGACGCCCAUGGAGCUCCAGAUUUCGAACUACCGCGACACGGGCACGGGCGUGCUCAAGGGCGUCGACGAGAUCACGGCCAUCUUGGACGAGCACGUCACGACGACCCAGGCCAUGCAGUUCAGCGCCUUCAAGGGCCCCUUCGAGGAGCGCAUCGAGAGCUGGAACCACAAGCUCUACAUCAUCUCCGAGGUUUUAGACGCGUGGCUCAACGUGCAGCGCAACUGGAUGUACCUCCAGCCCAUCUUCGAGUCGCCGGACAUCAACAAGCAGCUCCCCAGCGAGGGCCGCAAGUUCGCGACCGUGGACAAGAACUGGAAGCAGACGAUCUCGUCCGCGAAGUCGAACCCCAUCGUCAUGGACUUCUGCGACAACGAGAAGCUGCUCGAGCGCCUCAAGGACUCGGGCACGCUCCUGGACCAGGUCCAGAAGGGCCUCAACGACUACCUCGAGACGAAGCGCGGCGUCUUCAGCCGCUUCUACUUCCUCUCGAACGACGACCUGCUGUCGAUCCUGUCGGAGUCGAAGGACGUCAUGCGCGUGCAGCCCCACUUCAAGAAGUGCUUCGAGGCCAUCAACGCCGUGGAAUUCCAGCCCGACCUGUCCAUCACGAAGAUGAUCUCGCCGGAGAAGGAGAUGGUGCCCAUGAUGGACCCCGUCGACCCCGUCGGGAAGAACGUCGAGGACUGGAUGCUCGAGGUCGAGGCGAUGAUGCGCACGUCCAUCCGCCACGUCAUGGACCAGGCCAUCCAGGACUACCCCAAGUGCGCGCGCACGCAGUGGAUGCAGAAGUGGCCGUCCAUGUGCAUCCUCAACGGGUCGCAGAUGCACUGGACGUCGGAGACGGAGCAGUUCUUCGAGGAGAAGGGCGCCGAGGGCCCCGCGCUCAUGCUCGAGCGCCAGCUCGAGCAGCUCGACGCCAUGGUCAAGCUCGUGCGCGGCGAUUUGCCGAAGGCCGCGCGCGCGCAGGUCGGCGCGCUCGCCGUCAUCGACGUCCACGCGCGCGACGUCAUGAAGCGUUUAGCCAACGACGGCGUCUCCGCCAAGGCCGACUUCGCGUGGAUGUCGCAGCUGCGCUACUACUGGGACGACGGCGACCUCUGGGCGGAGAUGGUCGCCGCGCGGCGCAAGUACGGCUACGAGUACCUCGGCAACUCCUUCCGUUUAGUGAUCACGCCGCUCACGGACAAGUGCUACCUGACCCUGAUGGGCGCGCUGCAGAUGAUUCUCGGCGGCGCGCCGGCGGGGCCCGCGGGCACGGGCAAGACGGAGACCACGAAGGACCUGGCCAAGGCCGUCGCGAUGCAGUGCGUCGUCUUCAACUGCUCCGACGGCUUGGACUACCAGGCCAUGGGCAAGUUCUUCAAGGGCCUGGCGUCCUGCGGCGCCUGGGCCUGCUUCGACGAGUUCAACCGCAUCAACAUCGAGGUGCUCUCGGUCGUCGGCCAGCAGGUCAUGUCGAUCCAGCUCGCGAUCAAGGGCCACGUCGAGAAGAUCGAGUUCGAGGGUUCGACGAUCAAGGUCAAGGACGGCUUCGGGGUGUUCAUCACCAUGAACCCGGGCUACGCGGGCCGGUCGGCGCUGCCCGACUCGCUCUCCGCGCUGUUCCGGCCCGUGGCCAUGAUGGUGCCCGACUACGCGCUGAUCGGCGAGAUCAUGUUCUUCGCGUACGGCUUCGCCGCGGCCAAGGAUCUGGGUCGGAAGAUGGUGACGACCUUCAAGCUGUGCUCCGAGCAGUGCUCGUCCCAGCCCCACUACGACUACGGCAUGCGCGCGGUCAAGACCGUGAUCACGGCCGCCGGUAAUCUGAAGCGGAAGGAGCCCGAGUCCGACGAGAUGAUCCUCUUGCUGCGCGCGCUCCAGGACGUGAACAUCCCCAAGUUCCUCGCCGGCGAUCUGCCGCUGUUCCAGGGCAUCAUCAGCGACCUCUUCCCGGGGAAGAAGCGGCCCGUGCUCGACUACGGCGCGCUGUUCUCGGUCAUGAAGCUCACGAUCGAGGAGCAGGGGCUGCAGCCCCACGGCUGGUUCAUCGGCAAGAUCGUCGAGCUCUACGAGAUGAUCGUCGUGCGCCACGGCCUCAUGCUCGUCGGGCCCACGGGCGGCGGCAAGUCCGCGAACCUCCACGUCCUCGAGAACACGCUCGGCGAGCUCAAGAUGCGCGGCGAGCAGGGCUUCGCCUACGAGAAGGUCAAGAUCUACCAGCUCAACCCCAAGUCCAUCACCAUGGGCCAGAUGUACGGCCAGUUCGACGAGAACACGCGCGAGUGGCAGGACGGCAUCAUGUCGACGAUGUACCGCCGCGCGGCGUCGAGCACGACGUCCGACCGCAAGUGGGUCAUGUUCGACGGGCCCGUCGACGCCAUCUGGAUCGAGAACAUGAACACGGUGCUCGACGACAACAAGAAGCUCUGCCUCGUGUCCGGCGAGUCCGUGAAGAUGAGCGGCGAGAUGACGAUGAUGUUCGAGGUCGAGGACCUGCUCGUGGCGUCGCCGGCGACGGUGUCGCGCGUGGGCAUCAUCUACAUGGAGCCCAAGGCGUUGGGCCUCGACGUCCUCGUCCAGUCGUGGAUCGAGGCGACGCUCCGCAAGAGCCCGUCGCUCGCGGCGACGCCGCUCAAGGCGACGCUCGUGCGCAUGUUCGACACCUAUCUGAACAGCUCCAUCGCCUUCGUGCGCCUCUACACGAAGGAGUUGCUGCCGACCAUGGACAACAACCUGGCCCAGAGCCUCAUGCGCCUCAUGGACUGCUUCCUCGAGCCCUUCGAGGAGAAGGAGGGCCGCGACAAGCCCAAGCAGGAGGACGUCGACGUCUUCGUCGCCCAGGUCGAGGCGCGCUUCAUCUUCUCCCUCGUCUGGUCCGUGGGCUGCACGGGCGCGGCGACCGCGCGGCGCAUGUACGACGCGUGGCUCCGGGCGCAGCUCGCGACGAACCAAGUGGCUUUAAAGUUCCCCGAGGCCGGCGACGUCUACGACUACGUCUGGUCGCCCGACGACGGCGGCCAGUGGCGCAAGUGGAUGGAGACCAUCGACCAGUUCAAGGUCGACAACAAGCUCAGCUUCUCGGAAUUGAUCGUCCCCACGGCCGACUCCGUGCGGUCGACGUACGUGCUCGCGCAGCUCUUGAAGAAGCGCUACCACGUCAUGCUCGUGGGCGAGACGGGCACGGGCAAGACCGUGACCAUCUCCCAGUACCUCCAGGGCUCGUCCAAGUGCGAGGGCGCGCCCAUCGCGCCCGAGUUCACGCCGCUGACGAUGACGUUCUCCGCGCAGACUAGCGCGAACAUGACCCAGGACACGCUCGACGGCAAGUUCGAGAAGCGGCGCCGCGGCGUCUUCGGCCCGCCCGCGGGCAAGGUCAUGGCCAUCCACGUCGACGACCUCAACAUGCCCAUGCGCGAGACGUACGGCGCGCAGCCGCCCAUCGAGAUCCUGCGCCAGUGGUUCUCCCAGGAGGGCUGGUACGACCGGGCCAACGACCUCGCGUUCCGGCGCAUCGUGGACGUCGUCUUCGUGGCGUCCCUGGGCCCGCCGGGCGGCGGCCGCCAGGAGGUGACGCCGCGCUUCGUCCGGCCGUUCAACGUCGUCGGCCUCUCGGACAUUUCCGAUAAUUCCAAGGCGGGCAUCUUCGGGACGAUCCUGGGCAACUUUUUGGAGGGGUUCACGCCGGCGAUCUCCAAGCUCACGUCGCAGAUCGUGCUGUCGACGAUCAACACGUUCAACACGAUCUGCGAGACGCUCCUCCCGACGCCGUCGAAGUCGCACUACACCUUCAACCUGCGCGACCUCGCCAAGGUGUUCCAGGGCGUGCUCAUGGGCAACGCGAAGAUGAUCGACCAGGCCGACGGCGUCGUGCGGCUCUGGGUCCACGAGUUGAAGAGAGUCUUCGAGGACCGGCUGACGACGACGCAGGACCACGAGUGGUUCAUGGGCCACGUCGAGUCGACGGUGGCGAAGGACUUUGGGAUCGAGUGGUCCAAGAUCAUGACCAACGAGCGCCUCAUGUACUGCGAUUUUCUGGAUCCGAACGCGGACCCGCGGAUAUACUGCGAGGUCACGGACAUCGACCAGCUCAAGCAGAUCGUCAACGACCAGCUCGAGGAGCACAACGGCGAGUCGAAGUCGCCCAUGCCCCUGGUCAUGUUCCUGGACGCCAUCGAGCACGUCCUGCGCAUCGCGCGGAUCCUGCGGCAGCCCCAGGGCAACGCGCUGCUCCUGGGCGUGGGCGGCAGCGGCCGCCAGUCCAUGUCGAAGAUGGCGACCUACAUCUCCGGCUACCAGCUCUUCCAGGUCGAGAUCGCCAAGGGCUACGGCCUCACGGAGUGGCGCGACGACAUCCGCCGGUGCCUGCUGAUGGCGGGCGUCAAGGACGAGCCCACGGCGUUCGUCUUCAGCGACGCGCAGGUCGUCAUGGAGACGUUCCUCGAGGACAUCAACAACAUUUUGAACGCGGGCGACGUGCCGAAUUUGUACGGCCCGGAGGAGAUGGACUCGAUCAUGUCCGCGUGCCGCAUCGACUGCCAGAAGAAGCAGAUCCCGCCCACGAAGAUCAACAUCUUCGCGCAGUACAUCAUCCGCGUGCGCCGCAACAUGCACAUCUGCCUCUGCAUGUCGCCUUUAGGCGAGACCUUCCGCGAGCGGCUCCGCCAGUUCCCGUCGCUCGUCAACUGCUCGACCAUCGACUGGUUCACGGAGUGGCCCGCGGAGGCCCUCGAGUCCGUCGGCAUGUCCGCGCUCGUGGAGAAGGGCCAGGUGCCCGCGGACGACCGCGGCAUGGUCGUCAAGAUGUUCAAGAAGAUCCACCAGGACGUCGAGCACAAGAGCGCCGACUUCUGGGAGAUGCUGCGGCGCCACAACUACGUGACGCCGACGAGCUACCUCGAAUUAUUAUCAUCCUUCGCGACGCUCCUGAGCUACAAGCGCGAGGAGGUGAAGACGAAGAAGGACCGGCUCCAGAUCGGCCUCGACAAAUUAACCUCCACCAAGGACCUCGUCGCGGGCAUGCAGGAGGAGCUCGUCGCGCUGCAGCCGCAGUUGGUCACCAAGGGCAAGGAGGUCGACGAGAUGAUGAUCGUCAUCGACCAGGACAAGAAGGCCGCCGACGAGGUCAAGGCCAAGGUGCUCGUCGAGGAGGAGAAGGCCAACGGCAUCGCGGAGCGCGCGUCGGCCAUCGCCGCGGACGCGCAGAAGGACCUCGACGAGGCGCUGCCGGCGCUCGACGCGGCCGUGCAGUGCCUCAAGGAGCUCAAGAAGGCCCACAUCGACGAGGUCAAGGCGCUGCGGAACCCGCCCGGCGGCGUGCGCCUGACGAUGGAGGUCGCGUGCCUCUACUUCGAGGUCGCGGCGAUAAAAAAGGCGGACCCGAACCAGCCGGGCAAGAAGAUCGAGGACUUCUUCGAGCCCGCGCAGAAGGUGCUCCUCAGCGACGCGAACCGCUUCCUGAAGAUGCUCCAGGACUACGACAAGGACCACAUCCCCGACAAGGUCAUCAAGAAGGUGUCGCCGUACAUGUCGAACCCCGACUUCACCGUCGAGCAGGUCGAGAAGGCGUCCGUCGCGUGCCGCGCGAUCUGCAUGUGGGCCCACGCCAUGCACAAGUACCACUUCGUGGCGCUGGGCGUCGCGCCGAAGAAGGCGAAGCACGCCGAGGCGACGGCGGAGCUCGACAGCGCGAUGGCGGUGCUGAACGCGGCGCAGUCGCGGCUCAAGGAGGUCGUCGACAAGCUCGACAAGCUCGAGCAAUCCCUAAAAGCCGCCGUCGACGAGAAGCAGUCCCUCGCGGACAAGGAGAUCGAGUGCAAGACGCGGCUCUCGAACGCGGACAAGCUCAUCGGCGGCCUCGGCGGCGAGCAGACGCGGUGGGCCGCCACCGUAGAACACCUGUCCGAGGCGCUGGAGAACUGCGUCGGCGACGUUUUAGUGUCCGCGGGCACCGUGUCCUACCUCGGCCCCUUCACGUCGGAGUUCCGCAAGGACGUCGUCGACGGCUGGCAGUCCACGCUCGGCGAGCUGGGCAUCAAGGCGACGCCGGGCUGCGACCUCGUGCAGACGCUCGUGGAGCCCGUGAAGCUGCGCAUGUGGCAGAUGUACGGCCUGCCGACGGACAACCUGUCGACGCAGAACGGCAUCAUGCUCGACCGCGCGCGGCGCUGGUCGCUCUUCAUCGACCCCCAGGGCCAGGCGAACCGCUUCCUGCGGACCAUGGCCAAGGACAAGGAGAUGUGCAAGAACGGCUUCGACGUCACCAAGCUCAGCGACAAGAACUUUUUGCGGACUUUGGAGAACGCGGUGCGCUUCGGCAAGUGGGCGCUCCUCGAGAACAUCGGCGAGACGCUCGACGCGGCGCUCGAGCCCAUCCUCCUGCAGCAGACGUUCAAGCAGGGCGGCCAGGACAUGAUGAAGCUCGGCGAGUCGACGAUCCCCUACAACGAGGAGUUCCGUUUGUUCUUAACCACGAAGAUGCCGAACCCGCACUACUCGCCCGAGGUCCAGGUGAAGAUCUCCUUGGUGAACUUCACGGUGACGCAGUCGGGCCUCGAGGAGCAGCUCCUCGGCGCGACGGUGGAGCUCGAGAUGCCGGACCUCGCGGAGAAGAAGUCGCAAUUAGUGGUACAGCAGGCGCAGAUGAACAAGCAGCUCUUCGACAUCGAGUCGGAGAUCCUGCUCCUCCUGUCGAACUCGACGGGCAACAUCCUCGACGACACGAAUUUGAUCGAGACGCUGGCCCAGGCGAAGAAGACGUCCGACGAGGUCCAGGCGAAGAUGAAGGACGCGGAGAUCACGACGGUCGAGGUCAACAAGUCGAGCGAGGAGUACCGGCCCGUCGCGAAGCGCGCGAGCCUGUUGUACUUCUGCCUCGCGGACCUGGCGAACGUCGACCCCAUGUACCAGUACGCGCUGCCCUGGUUCAAGGAGCUCUUCGCGACGGGCGUGAAGCGCGCGCCCAUGUCGAACAAGAUCGAGGAGCGCAUCGUGAAUUUGAACGAGUUUUUCACCUACUUCGUCUACACGAACGUCUGCCGAUCGCUCUUCGAGCGCCACAAGCUGCUCUUUAGCUUCCUGGCGACGAUCAAGAUCAUGAUGGGCGACGACAAGGUGGACCAGCUCGAGUGGCGCUUCGUCAUCUCGGGCCAGACCAUCGGGUCCAUCGACCUGCCGAACCCGGACCCGGACUGGAUCGAGCCCAACGUCUGGAGCGAGAUCAAGGCGCUGGGGGGCUUGAACGAGGCCUUCGCCGCGCUGCCGGCGAAGUUCGGCGAGUCGCUCGCCAAGUGGAAGCGCGUCUACGACGCGAUCGACCCCCAGGCGUCGAAGCUGCCGGCGCCCUUCCACGAGAUGUCGAGCCUCCAGUCGCUGUGUAUUUUGCGGUGCCUGCGGCGCGACAAGCUCAUGGACGGCGUCCAGCUCUUCGUCGCCAAGGAGAUGCACCAGAAGUACACGGAGCCGCCGCCGUUCGACCUGCCGCUCUGCUUCGACGACUCGUCGAACAUCACGCCCCUGGUCUUCGUGCUCUCGACGGGCAGCGACCCGAACAAGGACAUUCUGGAACUGGCGGAGCGCCAGGGCAUGCUCGACAAGAUGACGUCCAUCGCGCUCGGCCAGGGCCAGGGCAAGAUCGCGGAGAAAUUGAUCGACAAGUCGACGGGCGACGGGUCCUGGGUCCUGCUCCAGAACUGCCACCUCUGCAUCUCCUGGCUCCCGACCCUCGAACGCAUCGUCGAGUCCUUCGACAAGGACAAGAUCAACAUCAACUUUCGUUUGUGGCUCACGUCGAUGCCGACGGCCGCGUUCCCCGUCGCGAUCAUGCAGGUCUCCGUGAAGAUGACCAAGGAGCCGCCGCGGGGCCUCCGCGCGAACCUGAAGACGACCUUCCUCAAGAUGAACGACGAGGGCCUGUCGGCGACGAACAAGCCGUCGGAGUACCGGAAGUUACUUUUCGGAUUGUGCUUCUUCCACGCGCUCAUCAUCGAGCGCAAGAAGUUCGGCCCCCUGGGCUGGAACGUGGGCUACACGUUCAACGAGACGGAUUUAGAUAUCUGCAUCGCGCAGCUCGAGCUCUACGUGAACCAGUACGACGACAUCCCCUACGCCGUGUUGAGCCAGCUCACGUCCGUCGUCAACUACGGCGGCCGCAUCACGGACGACAAGGACAUGCGCACGGCGGACAUCAUCGUGUCCGACUUCAUGACGCCCCAGAUCCUCGCGGACAACUACCGCUUCAGCCGGAGCGGCACGUACUACUCCAUCGCCGCGGACGAAUCGUCGCCGCUCGCGUCGUACCUCGACUACAUCGACUCGCUGCCCAUGAUGCCCGAGCCCGAAGUCUUCGGCAUGCACGACAACGCGUCCAUCACCUUCGCUUUGAACGAGGCCGACGAGAACUGCGCCAUCAUCCAGUCGCUCCAGCCGCGGACGUCCGGCGGCGGCGGCAUGUCGCGCGAGGACGUCAUGGCCAAGGCCGCCCAGGACAUGGAGGCGACGCUGCCCGUGCCCUGGGACGUCGACGCCGUCUAUUUGCUCUACCCGACGGCCUACGACGAGUGCCUGAACACGACGAUCGUCCAGGAGGUGACGCGGUUCACGCGGCUGGGCAAGGUCAUGGUCGAGACGCUCAAGACCUUCCAGCUCGCGCUGAAGGGCCUCGUCGUGCUCUCCUCCGAGCUCGAGGCCAUGGGCAACUUCAUCUACGACGGCAAGGUGCCCGAGCUCUGGAGCUCGAAGGCGUACCCGUCGCUGAAACCGCUGCCGCUCUGGUACGAGGACCUGCUGAAGCGCCUCACGUUCCUCCAGGGCUGGAUCGACAAGGGCAUCCCCGACGUCCUGUGGAUCUCCGUCUUCUUCUUCCCCCAGGGCUUCAUGACCGCGAACGUCCAGAACUUCGCGCGGCGGACGUCCGUGCCCGUCGACACGGUCGAGUUCGGCCACAUCCUGCUCGCCGAGGCCGCCGACGAGCUCGUCGCCAAGCCCCGGGACGGCUGCUACGUCAACGGCCUCUUCCUCGAGGGCGCGCGCUGGGACAAGCGGAAGAAGACGCUCACGGACCCGCGGCCCAAGGAGCUCUUCGCGCCCAUGCCCGUGAUCCACCUGCUGCCCCAGGUCGACCGCGAGACGCCGACCAAGGGCAUCUACCGGUGUCCCGUCUACAAGAUCCUCACGCGCACGGGCACGCUCUCCACCACGGGCCACUCGACGAACUUCGUCUUCUGGCUCGAGGUCCCGUCGAACAAGCUCUGCGACCAGAGCUACUGGAUCAAGGCCGGCUGCGCCUGCUUCUGCGCGCUCAAGUACUGA